UCUGAAAUUCUGUGUGUAAGCCGCUGUGGGAAAUGGAUGACAGGCAUUUCUAACACUUCUGCAAAUUCGUUUGCGCAUCUACCAAAAAGUGCGUGGUAGCAAAGGAAUGUCACACUAAUGCAGAGAGCUGUAAUGAUGUCAACUUGUUAUUUACUUUCCAAAAAUGAAUGACUGACCAAGGCGAAAAGAGAAUUUAAUCAACCACAAUGUGACCGUACAGGCGAAAAAAACAGCGCGCACUCACACAGACACACACCACGGGCGAGGUGGGGGAAGGGAAGCACAUGGAACAGAAAGGAGGCUUUUAAGCACACACAGGAACCGUAAACCGAGAGUUAUAACGAUUAAUAAUAUGUGAAGAAAGUCUGCAUUUUCUAACUGAAGUUGGAAUCUCUUUCGUCUGUGGUGGUGGAAGUGAAAGCUGUGGAAUAUAAGCGCACACAGUCAGAUUUAAGAAACUGGAAGACAGCCCACAACCUCUGAUUUCGAUUGUGGAACACCCUUUUUAUAAACCUCAUAAUUUGAGGUGAGGCUAAGAUGAGUAUAACCAGUGAUGAAGUGAACUUCUUGGUAUAUCGAUAUCUCCAGGAAUCUGGCUUCUCCCAUUCAGCGUUCACCUUUGGUAUUGAAAGCCACAUUAGCCAGUCUAACAUCAAUGGGACUUUAGUGCCACCUGCUGCUCUUAUUUCCAUUCUUCAGAAAGGCUUACAAUAUGUGGAAGCUGAAAUCAGCAUCAACGAGGACGGCACAGUGUUCGAUGGCAGGCCGAUCGAAUCGCUUUCUCUAAUAGACGCGGUGAUGCCCGAUGUUGUACAGACUCGACAGCAGGUGUUCCGAGAGAAGUUAGCUCAGCAGCGGGCUGCAGUGGCUGCAGCGGCUGUCCAGCAAAACACACCAAAGAACGGGGAGGCUACUGUAAAUGGAGAGGAGAAUGGGGCACAUGCAAUAAAACAUCCCUGUCCGACUUGGGAAAUGGGAGGAAUCCUUCUUCAAACUGCACAUGAUAAUCAUUCAGAGACCAUGGAGAUUGAUGGGGACGUGGACAUUCCAGCAAGCAAGGCUACAGUUCUCAGAGGCCAUGAAUCAGAAGUGUUUAUCUGUGCCUGGAACCCAGUCAGUGAUCUUUUGGCAUCAGGAUCUGGUGACUCCACUGCAAGGAUAUGGAACUUGAAUGAAAAUGGAAACAGCGGCUCCACUCAGUUAGUUCUGAGGCAUUGUAUACGAGAAGGAGGACAGGAUGUCCCCAGUAAUAAAGAUGUCACGUCCUUGGACUGGAAUAGUGAUGGAACGCUUUUGGCGACAGGGUCAUAUGAUGGCUUUGCAAGAAUAUGGACUAAGGAUGGUAAUCUUGCAAGCACCUUGGGGCAACAUAAAGGUCCUAUUUUUGCUUUAAAGUGGAACAAAAAGGGAAAUUGCAUUCUCAGCGCAGGUGUGGAUAAGACAACAAUCAUCUGGGAUGCACACACAGGAGAGGCGAAGCAGCAGUUUCCAUUCCACUCAGCUCCUGCCCUAGAUGUGGACUGGCAGAACAACACUACCUUUGCAUCCUGCAGUACUGACAUGUGCAUUCACGUGUGCCGGUUGGGCUGUGACCGCCCAGUCAAAACAUUUCAAGGACACACAAAUGAAGUUAAUGCAAUCAAAUGGGAUCCAUCUGGUAUGCUGCUAGCAUCCUGCUCGGAUGACAUGACACUGAAGGUCUGGAGCAUGAAACAAGAUAAUUGUGUACACGACCUCCAGGCCCACAAUAAAGAGAUAUAUACAAUUAAAUGGAGUCCAACUGGCCCUGGCACCAGCAACCCCAACUCCAAUAUCAUGCUGGCCAGUGCCUCUUUUGACUCCACUGUUCGUCUGUGGGAUGUUGAAAGAGGAGUCUGUAUUCACACUUUAACCAAGCACCAAGAACCUGUAUACAGUGUUGCCUUUAGUCCUGAUGGCAAAUACCUGGCCAGUGGCUCCUUCGACAAGUGUGUUCAUAUAUGGAACACCAUGAGUGGAUCUUUGGUGCAUAGCUACAGAGGGACUGGUGGAAUCUUUGAAGUUUGUUGGAAUAGCAUGGGGGACAAGGUUGGAGCCAGUGCGUCUGAUGGAUCAGUCUGUGUUCUUGACCUUCGAAAAUAAUAUUGUGGCAGUGUGUGUUUUAAAAUGGACCAUCGGUGAAUGUGUGGAAAGAAGCACUCUUUCGCAUUGUGACAGCUUCACAACUGUUGGAAAAACAUUGCUGUGAAUCAUAUUAAAAAAAAAAGUACCAAGCAACUCCCCUGGCCAUUGGAUUGAGCUUGUCGUGAAACUCUGAGUAGAAGUGAAAGGACGGGGGGGGGGGAUACGGAUCAUACCUGAGAGGACGGGACUGUGCUGAGGACUGGGGACUGUGCUGAGGACUGAAGGUUGUGCCAAAAAGUAACCAUUGAUAAACCAAAAGAAAAAAAGCAAGUGUUUCCCACCUAUACAAGGAUCUGUUUUAUUUCAGAUUUGGGCUACAGUCAACCUCCCAAAGGAGUUGAAUCAAAUGAGGCCAUCGUCUAUGCUAUCAGAACCCUUUUUUUGGGGGGGGGUAAUAUCUAGAAUCCUGAGACGUUUUUUUUGUUUUUUUUUUACUCAUGGGAUUUGAAUGGAUAUCAUUUCUUUUAAGAUUUUUUUUUGUUCUAAAAAGUUGCCAAGAGGGGGGUUGAAAAGAUGUAAAACUUUUGAUAGAUUGCUUCUCUGUGCUUUCUUUUAAGUCUUGAUAUCUCUAGAGCACUUAAGUGAACUGUAUUAAAAGUGCUUGACGCACAAGAGCCCCCAGCGUGCAGGAAUAUUAAUACAGAAAAUAACCCAUUGUAUUUUCUGAGGGGGGGGUAUAACUUUUUUAUGUAUUGAACUUGAAUUUUGGGGCCUAUAUGGGCUAAGCAAGAACAGAUCGCUGUCUUUCGAUGUGUUGCAGGUGCAACUCAUUUUGAGUAUCCCAUCUUUUUAAAGCUGCAGUAUCCUUAAAUGGAUCUAUCACAGGUUUCAAUGUUAAUUCCUGUUUUCUACAGACAUGCAAUUGUAAACCUAAUGCAUGCAGGCCUUAAGGUUUUUCGUUGAAGAUUUAGAUAUGUUAUUUUAAAGGUGCACAGAUUCAUUUUUGGAUUUGGUUAGUUUACACCUUAAUAUGUGAAUUUCACAUAAGAUCAUGUAUGGGAAGAUACUGUAUAUCGAAACUUUUACUGAGUGUAAUGUUAAUUCAAAGUAACAUAUGACUAAUACACUUAAACAAAGAAAAACUGCCAGUGCUAUUUAUUAAAUGUUUAUGUCCAAAACAUGUUCAAAGAUGACAGGACAUUUGUUAUACAUUUUAGCAAACACAAAUAUUUUUUUUGGUAGACACCUGCUUUAUUACAAGCAUUGUAAACCAGUGGCCACUUGAGCAUGCAAGCUUUCAAAAAUAAAAUAUAUCAAAAGUUUAGAUUACAUUUAUUGGGAUAAUAGAUUAUUUAAAAAAAAAAGAAUAAUCCAAUUCCCUUUCUGGAUGUAAAUUUCUUGAAUGUAAAGUUUGUAAAAUAAUAAAAAAAAAAAAAAUUGAAAUCACUGUAUUUUUUAUGUCUGCUUUCAAAGCCAGUCAUGUUGGUAGCUGCAAUAAACAUUGAGCUGAUUCAAAAGUGAGGUACAGUAAAAUAAUAAAAUACACAGAUUUGGAAAAUGACAGUUAUGUCCUACUUACUUUGGUUCACAUUAUUAACCAUCUGUUCAGGAUCGGACAGUGUUGACCAAUGGGGAAAGAUACAUUUGUGUGUGUUUUUUUUGUUUUUUGUGGUGAAAAAUAUUUACAUCUGGCUAUGCCAAAACAGACUAGAUGAAAAUAUACCCUUUUUUGUGUUUGUUAGAAAUGUGUUUUUUUUUUUUUUUGUAUGUGGUGUACCUUACUUUUUUCCUCCUCUCUAAAGGGGUGGGGGUAGUUUUUUAUUUUUUUUUUUAUUUCAAUGUUCUGUUUAAUAAAGGGAUACUGCAUCUUUAAACACUUGUCCAAUCUUUGCAUUGUUUGGAUUAAGCUAAUUUUAGAUCCAUGUAAAGUGCACUUUCUCAGCUGUUAGGAUCUGCUGUGUUUCAUCUUUGUAUAUAUAUAUAAAAAAGAACAUUGCUCAAACAUUCAAUCAUUCAUUCACUCAUGCAUUUAUUCACUCAAUGAAAUUAUAUUUUUCUGGCUUCUGCUGUUUUUUAUUGUCUGUGUCAGACUAACAGCCGGAUCCAGUUUAGAACAGAUCCUUUGACCAUUUGUUUUCUCUACUUCACCCUGUGUAGAGUAGCUCAUUUGUUUCAAGAAAUGGAAAGUCAUAUUCAUUGUCUCAAAUAAAUUGCUCUAUUUUGAUAUUAGAAAA